AUGACUCCUCCGGCCAUAAUAGCGCCCUCCAUCCUGUCUGCGGACUUCGCUGCUUUAGGCGCUGCUUGUUCAGACACUAUCGACAAUGGCGCUGAUUGGCUACAUGUCGACAUCAUGGACGGUCACUUCGUGCCUAACAUCACGUUCGGAGCGCCUGUUGUGACCAAGAUACGUCCUCACGUCCAGCGCCCCAAAGGCGCGCGAGGCAAAGGCACCUUUGAUUGCCAUAUGAUGAUCGCCGAGCCUAAGAAAUGGGUAAAGGAAUUCCAAAAGGCGGGCUGCGACCUAUACUGCUUCCACUAUGAAGCCGCCAUCACAUCCACAGCCGCCGAGAACCCUGAAGACCAUACCGAGACCAAGACUAGCCCAAAGGAGAUGAUUCAAUACAUACAUAAGAGCGGUUUGCUAGCGGGCAUUGCAAUCAAACCGGAAACGUCGGUAGAUGUUUUGUGGGAGAUCCUCGAGAGUCCGAACAAGGAAGAAGUUCCUGAUAUGGUGCUUGUCAUGACCGUACAUCCUGGAUUCGGAGGACAGAAAUUCAUGGCGUCAGAACUACCCAAGGUUAAAGCGCUACGAGAAAAGUAUCCAGAUCUCAACAUCGAGGUUGACGGUGGACUGGGUGAGGGAACGAUAGACCAAGCUGCGGAUGCUGGUGCCAACGUGAUAGUUGCAGGGUCUGCGGUCUUUGGUGCCAAAGACCCAGCGGGAGUCAUCAAGGUCUUGCGGGAGUCGGUCGAGAAGAGAAGACAGUCGAGUUUGUGA